AACCUUACGUGGAACUUAUUUGAGUCAUCGAAAUUACGUCACAAUCGGUUUGUCAACAUAAUGUCAGUGUUUCGAUUAAUCGGUGGUGAAAUUAUUUCCAUUUACCGUCAUAGCCUGCUCGCAAUCGGAACAGGAUCGGCGAGACAGUUUUCAGUAUCGAAACACGGCCUACAGGCGGCCAACACCGAAAAAGAACCGGUGGAUGAUAGUGCUGCGGAAGAAGAAACACUGCAAGACAGUGACACCACCCGCCAGCCGGUGGAGGACGAUCCAAAAGACCGUACUCGUGUGAUACCGGUGGAAACGAGCAUUCGAUAUUUGGCCAGCGAAGCAUACCGACAAACGUACCAGGACGAUCCGGUGUGGAAACAGUAUCGGCGGAACCACAAAGGCGCGUAUCCUCCAAAGUUAACACGCAAAACGUGUGUCAGAAAAGGCCGCAUCUCCACCGGCAAUCCUUGUCCGAUCUGCCGUGACGAGUAUCUGGUGCUCGACCAUAACAACACCGAACUGUUGAAGCAGUUUAUCUCGCCUCAAACGGGUGAAGUGCUGAGCUACCGGGUGACGGGCCUGUGCCAGAAGAAACACCUUCAGCUGCUGGUGGCAGUGGAACGGGCGAUGGACCGUGGGAUGUUGACCUUCGACGUGCCGUUCAGGGAAUACGAUUAUUCUGAAUACUACGGGGUGCACGAAGGAAAAUCGGUUAAAUAAGUUCCGUGCGCAACAAAGCGUCAUAGUUAGUGGUGUUAGGAAAUAAGUGAAGCAUUUGCUACAAACUUUAACUGAACGUGAAACGAGGUUUCGUAUCAUCACAACAACAUUAAUCCCUUUGCUGCUGCUGCGUCCAUUUG